AUGGAAAAAGACAAACUUUCUAAAAAAUUCGUACAAGAAAUUGAAAAACUGACCGAUUUAAAGAAAGAUUACUUUGAUAAUAAGACAUCGUUUAAGGUCAAAAUAAACAUGGACGAUGACAUAAUCCGGAGGACUGUGGUUAAUGAUAUUGUCAAAUCCAUACAAAGCAAGGUGGAGAAGAAUUUAUAUAUCAAGUACCAGAAUUCGUUUCGUUUCUAUGACGUGAUGACUCAAUAUAAAAAGAAAUACGACGAAGAGGGAAGUAAAAAGUUGAUUGGCAUCAAUGAUGCUUAUAAGCAUUGCCAGAUUUCGACUAGGGAAUUUUACAUUUUAAGCGAUAUGAAAUGGAAUUCAUUCUCAAAAUUAUAUGAAUUUAAUGAUCAAUAUAAAGAGGAUUAUUCUUAUUGGAAGGUGAAAAAAAGAGAUUGGGAUAAAGAAAGUGAAGAAGAAAGUGACAAGACGAUUUCAGAUUUAGGUGAAUGA